AUGGGCAAUCGUUUAGCUCCACUGAAGAACCCCAACGCUGAGAUCGAUGAGAAUUCUUUGAGGAACUCGAGGCUUCCCAUUAUUUUCGUCCUGGGAGGACCAGGGGCUGGCAAAGGUGAGCUCCAUCCUGUCGGCGAGAAUAGCGAGGGUGAAACGGUUUAUUCUACGUAUUGGCUGCCACAUGGAACUCAAUGCGAGCGUCUCGCCCGAAAAUACGACUACAUUCACAUAUCCAGCGGUGAACUUCUCCGAGAGGAGGCAUCAAAGCCCACAGAGCGUGGCCUAGUAAUCGACAAAAUGAUGGGCCGAGGAGAGUUAAUCCCAGUGGAUCUAGUCCUGGACUUGAUAAAAGAAAAAAUGAUUUCCUCGCUGAACUACACGAGCGGCUUCGUCCUGGACGGUUAUCCCCGCGAAAAGUCCCAAGCGAAGCUCUUUGAAAAGGCCAUUCGUCCACCAGACGUGGUAAUCUACUUAAAGGCUGAGGAAAGUCUCCUAAAAGAGCGACUCUUAGGUCGGGCGAUUACGUCAGGACGGAGGGACGACAAUGAGGAGACAAUUGAGAGACGAAUAAAAUUAUUUCUCCGGGAGAAUCGAGCUCUUCUUAAACAUUAUGGGAAGGCUCUUUUCACCAUUAAUGCUGAAUUAGACAUGGAAACCGUUUUCAAUGAGCUCUCAAUGCUUGUUGACAAGAAUAUUGGCGCUUCUCAAUUCAAUAGAAUUGAGUAA